AUGGGUCAGCCCGUGAUCCAGACCCUCACGUUCUGGCUCUCGGAGCACCCAUCAAUCGUCGGGUUCCGUUGGUCCCACGCCCACUCCUGGGGCUCCACCUGGUCCUUCCUCUUCACCGCCAUCUCCCUCUACCUCCUCCUCUCCCUCCUCCUCCACCUCCUCCUCUCCCUCCUCCGCCGCCCCGUCCCUCUCGGCCCCCUCCCCGCUUUCCACUCCCUCCUCAUGACCCUCCUCUCCUUCACCAUCUUCGCCGGCAUCACCCUCUCCUCCGUAGCCGAAAUCCGCGAUACCCGCUGGUUCUGGCGCCGCUCCAAAACCCCCUUCCAAUGGCUCCUCUGCUUCCCUCUCGGCACUCGCCCCUCGGGUCGGGUCUUCUUCUGGUCCUACAUCUACUACCUCUCUCGCUUCUUGCACAUGAUCCGGACGUUCUUUACGAUCCUCCGCCGCGGGAAGCUAGUCCCCUUUCAGCUCUUCAACCACUCCAUCCUCACAUUCAUGGCCUUCAUCUGGUUGGAAUUCUCGCAGUCGUUUCAAGUGCUGGCUAUACUUUCGACAACUUUGGUGUACGCUGUUGUGUAUGCGUAUAGAUUCUGGAUUGCGAUCGGGCUGCCAAGAGCGUGUUUUGCGUUCGUGGUGAACUGCCAGAUGCUGCUGCUGGGGUGCAAUGUGGCCUGCCAUGUUGGCGUUCUGAUGAUGCAUUUUAUGAAAGGAGGGUGUAAUGGGAUCGGGGCGUGGGGGUUCAAUUCGGUGCUGAAUGCGGUGAUUCUGCUGUUGUUUUUGAACUUCUAUGUGAAGAUUCAUUGGGGUUAUGGGAAGGCGGCGUUGGCUAAAGUGGAGGAGGCGGAAGCGAAGGCGGAGGAGGAGGAGCAGGUUAGAGCGAAGGACAAAGUGAUUUGAAGGAAGGGGGGUUUCACAUAUGAUGUAAGUGGUGUAGUGGGUAAAAAGAAAGUUUUGUUCUUGGGGAGGGGGGUGUUAAAGUUUUGGUUCGAGUGUUACACAUGGUUUAGUAGGGAAAUGAGGUUGAGUUGAGUUGAGUUUACAUGUCUCGGGAGGUAGAGUUUAUGUUUGAUGGUUAUGGAUGUCGCUUGUGAUUCAGGAGUAAAAAUAUUAGUGAGAAUUACGAAUCAAAUUUUUCAAAUUUGUUUUGCUGGGUUUGAGUAGUGCUGAGAGUAGUAGUAGUUAUAGUGUGUUUUUAGCUAUACAUGUUCGUUUUUCACGCUUUUUAUUAGUUUUUACUGCGUGCUAAUGGAGGCAAUGUAAA